GCACACUAUUGCUUUGAGUGGAGAAGCAGAUAUGUUGAGAUGCUUCAAUCAAGGCGAGGAUGUCGAGCUGCUGGUGGGUGUACUUAAAGCUUAUGACGCAGUUUGCCCCGCCAGCAAGAUUCCACCGUCGACAAGGUAACUAGGGAGCAUAAAACGACAACACACUCUGGCGGCAUUUACCCCUCCAGUCCAACCUCAAAUUAUUUUUUGCAGCGUUCAAUACUACUCCUUAAUUUUUAGUGAUUUACUCGUUCUGCGGACUCUUCACCCUAGUUAGCAGAGCUAUUCACCGCUGAAAAGCUCCAAUUUCCGGCUGUAGCCAACCUCCUUGCAAAAAAACGCACCAUGAGCAUUAAAUCUGUUUCAAUUGCACCAUUCUCAGACCAGAAAGCCGGAACGUCUGGUCUGCGCAAAAAGGUCACCGUCUUCCAGCAGCCACAUUAUACCGAAUCGUUCAUUACGAGUAUCCUCAAGUCAAUUCCAGAGGGCGCUGAAGGAGCAUUCCUCGUAAUCGGUGGUGACGGACGCUACUAUAACACCGAAGUCAUCCAGCUAAUUGCGCAGAUCGGGAUCGCAUAUGGCGUGAAGAAACUGGUGAUUGGGCAGAACGGCAUCUUGAGCACCCCGGCCGCCAGCCAUGUUAUCCGCAAAAGGAAAGCAACUGGUGGUAUCCUUUUGACAGCUAGUCACAACCCUGGUGGCCCCAACGCCGACUUUGGAAUCAAGUACAAUCUUUCCAAUGGUGCUCCAGCCCCUGAAUCUGUGACGAACAAAAUUUAUGAGGUUUCCAAAUCUCUCGCUGCAUACAACGUUGUCAGCCUGCCGAAGAUCGAUUUGACAAAAAUUGGAACGGGGAAUUAUGAAGGGUUAGAAGUUGAGAUCAUCGACUCAACUGCCGACUAUGUUGAAAUGAUGAAGGAGAUAUUUGAUUUCGACCUUAUCCGUUCUUUCUUGAGGAGCCACGGCCACUUCAAAGUCCUGUUUGAUGCCCUUCAUGGAGUUACUGGACCAUAUGGCAAAGCCAUUUUUAUCAAGGAGCUGGGACUGCCAGAAUCUAGCUGUCAAAACUGCGAACCCAAGCCCGACUUCGGCGGUGGUCAUCCAGAUCCCAAUUUAACUUAUGCCCGCUCCCUGGUCGAGAAAGUCGACAAGGAGGAGAUCCAGUUUGGUGCUGCCAGUGACGGGGAUGGUGACCGCAAUAUGAUAUAUGGGGCAAAGACUUUCGUGUCUCCCGGAGACAGUUUGGCCAUAAUCGCACAUCACGCUCAGCUUAUCCCAUACUUCAAAAAGCAUGGAGUACACGGGCUCGCUCGCUCAAUGCCCACAUCAGGUGCGGUUGACUUGGUUGCCAAAGCUCAAGGCCUCCAGUGCUAUGAGGUUCCGACCGGAUGGAAAUUCUUCUGCGCCUUGAUGGACACCAACAAAAUGUCGAUUUGCGGCGAGGAGAGUUUCGGUACAGGAAGUAACCACAUUCGAGAAAAGGAUGGGGUCUGGGCCGUUGUCGCGUGGCUUAACAUUAUAGCUGGUGUGGGACAAGCCAACCCAGAGAAGCCAGCAAGUAUUGCAGCGAUCCAGACCGAGUUUUGGAAGACAUAUGGACGGACUUUCUUCACCCGAUACGAUUAUGAGAACGUCGAUAGUACCGGUGCAAACAAAGUCAUAGAGCACCUCACAGAGCUCAUUACCACGAAGAAAGAUGAUUUUGUUGGCUCAACUGUCUCGGGUCGCAAAGUUCUUGGAGCAGAUGACUUCUCCUACACCGAUCUUGAUGGCAGCGUCAGCAAAAAGCAAGGUAUCUUCAUCAAAUUCGACGACGGAAGUCGUAUUGUUGUUCGUCUCUCUGGUACCGGAAGUAGUGGUGCCACUAUUCGCCUGUACGUUGAGCGUCAUGAAUCAGACGAAAAGGAGUUCUCCAAGGAUGCUCAAGAUUAUUUGAAGGAGAACAUUGACCUCGCGAUCAAAUUACUAAAAUUGAAGGAGUAUGUGGGAAGGGAGGAGCCCACAGUCAAAACUUGAUUGCCAGACAUUUGGUAUUUGAUAUGAAGCAAGGAAUAUGGAUGGUGUCCACUAGGCUGGAACAAGUGCAGAAUGGUCGCGCCGCGCGACUUGUCGUUCAGAAAGCAUCAAUUUGAGCUAGUUUUCAGCGGUUACGAAGUAUAUGAUCAGCAAAUUCCAGCUAGCACUUGGAGUCGUAGUAGUAAAGUUCGAUGACUAGGUUAAAAGAUCUCACAUUGCCGAUACUUACUUUCACAUCCAGCUAACGUCCGGAGGAUGGACGGAGUAUAGUUACUGGACAAUGAUCUCGCAAGGACGUUUAAUUUAGGGUUCGGGCCGACAAAAUUCCGACAUAUAAGAUUGUGUUUCUUUCAGGGG